AUGGGCCGCUACCGCGUCCGGGUGGCCACCGGCGCCUGGCUCUUCUCGGGGUCGCUGAACCGCGUGCAGCUGUGGCUGGUCGGGGAGCGCGGGGAGGCGGAGCUGGAGCUGCGGCUGCGGCCGGCGCGGGGCCAGGGGGACGGUCCCCCGAGGGCGCGGGCGCGGGGAGAGCGCAGCCAGCGGACGGGGCAGGUGACGAGGCUCCGGGUUCAACCCAAGACCCUGGGGCCUCGCCCCGCGUCCCUCGUCCUCUCGGUGCGAUGGGGCGUCGGAGACCCGCCCGCAGGUGUUGGGAGGAGGCGGCGCCGUCCUUGGAGGCCUCGUCACCUGACUCCACAAAGGACCCCGCACCCCCAGCAGACGUCCCCUCCUGGGUCCCCGCUACUGAGUGUCACGGGGUCCUGGUCCCCACAGGUGGAGGAGUUUGAGCACGAUGUCCCCGAGGACCUGGGGCCACUGCAGUUCGUGAAGUUGCGCAAACACCACUCCCUGGUGGACGACGCGUGGUUCUGCGACCGCAUCACGGUGCAGGGCCCAGGCGCGGGCGAGGAGGCCGCCUUCCCCUGCUACCGCUGGGUGCAGGGCGAGGGCGUGAUGAGCCUGCCCGAGGGCACAGCCCGCCUGGCAGGAGACAAUGCAUUGGAUGUGUUCCAGAAACAUCGAGAGAAGGAACUGAAAGAAAGACGACAAAUAUACUGCUGGGCCACCUGGAAGGAAGGGCUACCCCUGACAAUAGCUGCAGGCAGUGAGGAUGAUCUACCUCCAAAUGCAAGAUUCCACAAGGAGAAGAAACUGGACUUUGAAACGACACUGAGGGCAGGGAUUCUGGAGAUUGCCCUCAAGCGUGUUUACACCCUCCUGAGCUCCUGGAACCAUCUGGAGGAUUUUGAUCAGAUCUUCUGGGGCCAGAAGAGCACUCUGGCUGAGAAGGUUCAGCAGCGCUGGCAGGAUGAUGAGCUCUUUGGCUACCAGUUCCUCAAUGGCGCCAACCCCAUGCUGCUGAGACGCUCCACCUCUCUGCCCUCCCGGCUGGUGCUGCCCUCGGGGAUGGAGGAGCUUGGGGCCCAGUUGGAGAAAGAACUCCAGAAGGGUUCCCUGUUUGAGGCUGACUUCAUCCUGCUGGAUGGAAUUCCAGCCAAUGUGAUCCAAGGAGAGCAGCAGUACCUGGCUGCCCCCCUCGUCAUGCUGAGGAUGGAGCCCAGUGGGAAGCUGCUGCCCAUGGUCAUCCAGAUCCAGCCUCCCAACCCCAGCUUUCCAACCCCACCACUGUUCCUGCCCUCAGAUCCUCCACUUGCUUGGCUCCUGGCAAAGUCCUGGGUCCGAAGUUCAGAUUUCCAACUGCACGAGCUCCGAUACCAUCUUCUGAACACUCAUCUGGUAGCUGAAGUGAUCGCUGUGGCCACCAUGAGGUGCCUCCCAGGACUGCACCCUGUCUUCAAGCUCCUGAUCCCACACAUCCGCUACACCAUGGAGAUCAACACACGGGGUCGGACCCAACUCAUCUCAGAUGGAGGUAUAUUUGAUAAGGCAGUGAGCACAGGUGGAGGGGGCCAUGUGCAGUUGAUGCGUCGGGCCAUGGCUCAGCUGACCUACCGCUCCCUCUGUGCUCCUGACGAUCUGGCUGACCGCGGCCUGCUGGGAAUCCCAAGUGCCCUCUAUGCCCAUGAUGCUCUACGGCUCUGGGACNCGAUCAGGUACGUGGAAGGGAUCAUUCACCUCUUCUACCAUGGCGAUGACAUCGUGAGAGGGGACCCUGAGCUGCAGGCCUGGUGUCAGGAGAUCACUGAGGUGGGGCUGUGCCAGGCCCAGGACCGAGGUUUCCCUGUCUCCUUCCAGUCUCUGAAUCAACUCUGCCACUUCCUUACCAUGUGUGUGUUCACAUGCACUGCCCAGCAUGGGGCCAUCAACAAGGGCCAGCUGGACUGGUUUGCCUGGGUCCCUAAUGCCCCAUGCACAAUGCGAAUGCCCCCACCGACCACCAAAGAAGAUGUGACAAUGGCCACAGUGAUGGGCUCACUACCUGAUGUCCAACAGGCAUGUCUUCAAAUGGCCAUCACAUGGCAUCUGGGUCGACGCCAGCCAGACAUGGUACCUCUGGGGCAUCACAAAGAAAUGUAUUUCUCAGGCUCCAAGGCCAAGGCUGUACUAAACCAAUUCCAAACAGAUCUGGAAAACUUGGAAAGGGAAAUUACAGCCCGGAAUGAGCAACUUGGCUUAGCCUACGAAUACUUAAAGCCCAGCCACAUAGAGAACAGUAUCACUAUCUGAGCUCUAAGGUGUCCCCACCUGGAAAACUUUAGCUCUCCCAACUAAAUCCCCUACAUCAGUAUCCCAUUUGCCCAGGGUGGGCAGCAAACCUUUUCUGUAAAAGGCCAAAUAAAAACUGUAGGCUUUGUAGGCCACACAGUCUCUGCUACAACUACUCAGCUCUCCCAUUGCAGCAAAAAGCAGCCACAGACAAUAUGAAAAUGAAUGAGUGUGACUGUGUUCCAAUAAAGCUUUAUUCAUGGACAGUGAAAGAACUUAAUGUGUCACAAAAUAUUCUUCUUUUGGUUUACAACCAUUUUAAAAUGCAAAAAGCAGCCCUAGUCAGUUU